CGGGAACUACAAACCUUAUUAAUAAAUUAAAUCUUAAUUCUGUUACUCAAGAUGGCUGAACAGGAGGAGCUCCUGCAAGUUGAUGAUCAUGAAAACGACGAAGUAGAUGAAACAGAAGAAGGCCCAGCAGAACCUGUAAAGAAAAGAUGUUUAGGCGGGAUGUUGGAUCUUAUUUUUCCUAUUCUCACAACUGAAUCUGGACAAAUCAAGCUGACUAGGAGAAGAUCAUGUCUUAUUUUAUUGCUUUUGUACACAAGUCACAUAUUUUCAGCAUGGGGUGACAGGAUGUGGAAUUUUGCCAACUCACUAGUAGUUAUUCUCCUUUAUCCUGGCUCACUUCUUAUGCCUGGUAUUUAUGGCUUUGUUAUUAAACUCUUUGAAACAAUCUUUGGGACUAUUGUUGGGGACUAUGUGGACACUAACCCAAGAUUGAGAGUUAUAUGGGUCACUCUUUUAGUACAGAAUGGAUUUGUUUUCUUUAGUACUGUACUAUUUUCUGUCAUGUUUUAUUUUCAAUGGGACGUCUGUGGCCAUGCCAUCAUAUUUGGCUCCCUUAUGAUCCUUGUGAUACUUAGUGGCUCAAUAUCUAACCUAGCAACAGUUGCUAACACCAUUGCUGUAGAGAAGGACUGGGUGGUGGUGAUUGCUGAUGACAAUAGUAAAACACUAGCAGUGUUGAAUGCAAACAUGCGAAGGAUCGAUCUGUUGUGUAAACUCUUGGCUCCUAUUGUUGCUGGUGUUCUUCUAACUCAUACUCAUUCAAUAGUCCCAUAUAUCCGCUAUGAUCUUGCUGGAGGGUAUGCUGCUACUGUAAUCAUUGGGCAUUGGAACGUUGUGUCUUUCUUUGGUGAACUCUUGCUUAUGAUUGCUGUGUAUAAAAUGGUACCUGCUCUUGCUGAUAAGAAGCUGAGAGGCAAAAACAAUGAGAAGGAUGGAGAGGAAGUAGUAAGGUUUCCAUCAAGGACUGGAAAAGGUUUUAAAGUAUUAAAGAAGCUUGCUUCACCUUAUCGUACCCUGAUAACUGGCUGGCAUAUUUACUGGAAACAAGAGACUAAUCUGAUAGGUUUUUCGUUAGCUUCAUUAUAUCUCACUGUACUUGGUUUUAGUGGAGUCACUGCCACUUAUCUACUGACUCAAGGACUCAGUAGUGAUUAUAUUGGACUAGCUCAAGGCCUGGGAGGUAUAGUAGGUAUACUUGGUACCCUCCUCUACCCAUACCUUCAACGUAAAGUGGGUUCUGUACGUACUGGCCUGUUUGGAAUAUCCUCUCAAUUAGUGAUGCUUUUGUUUUGUGUUGCUGGAGUGUUUUCUCCAGGGAAGCCAACCUCUGAUACUGGUAUAGGCUAUUAUUCACCAAACUGCAGCUCUGAAGAUAGCGGCGGCACAUUAUCUCCAACCUCGACUAUUCCAUACUCCAGUUUGAUUUAUCCCUCCCCUUCAUUAUCAUUGUAUAGUGAAGCAUCUCCCUCUCCCUCUAUCACCCCACCAGCUGAAGGUAGUAAUGGAGGAUUCGAUGUUAAUUUAUCAAUCAUUCUAAUACUGGUGGGUGUAACAGGGGCACGCUUUGGCCUUUGGAUGUUUGACCUCUCCAUCUGGCAGCUCAUUCAGGAGAAAGUAGUUGUUGAGGAAAGAGGUGUUGUCUCGGGUGUCAUGAAUGCUAUGAACUCAAACAUGGACAUGUUACAUUAUGUAAUGGUAAUAGCAGCACCGCGCCCAAGUGAAUUCCCAUAUCUGACCAUCAUAUCAUUCUGCAGUGUCUUUAUGGGUUGGGUGUUUUAUUGCUGUUACGUGCGAAGGGCCAGAGGACACUUCUUUCAUCAUCCAGCAAAGGUCUUUAACAAGUAUUGUGGCUGUAGGUGUGGUCAAGUGGGUAGGGCCACUGAAAACCCAUUGAGUAUUGCUAAUCAGUUGCAGUUUCAAGAUGAUGAUGAUGAUGACCUCUAACUAUUAUUGAAACUAGUACUGUGUGUGUGCGUGAUUAAUCAUGUUACUAUUAUUAUUAUGACUGCCGCUGCAUGUCAUAAUUAGUUUUUGAGAAAGCUAACCCCUUCUUAAGUCAAA